CUAAGUCGAUAGCUUGUGGUUUUGAACGCGUUACACAUGGUGUUUCUAUAGCUGUUGACCUUGACCGGUCCUGUUUGUUUGACUCAUCGGUCGGACUCCAUCUGCUGUACUAGGCGCAUUACUUUGAGAUGUUUUCAAGAGGUACCAAUGUUUUCCGAUUCGGGAUUAGUUGUAGGAGCUUUCUGACCUCUUCAAAGCAUUCUCCAAAAGUUGCCGUAUUAGGCGCUAGCGGUGGUAUAGGUCAACCUCUAUCACUGCUCUUGAAACAGUCACCUUUGAUUUCUCAGCUUUCACUGUAUGAUAUUGCUCAUGUAAAAGGUGUUGCUGCUGACCUCAGCCAUAUUGAAACUCAAGCUCAUGUGACUGCACAUCUCGGACCAGGAGAGCUUGCAGAAUGUCUUUCUGGUGCAAAUGUUGUUAUUAUUCCCGCGGGGAUGCCUCGUAAGCCUGGGAUGACACGCGAUGAUUUGUUCAAUACAAACGCAUCGAUUGUUGCAGAACUUAUUGAUUCGUGUGCUAAAAAUUGCCCGAAAGCAAUGAUAUGCAUAAUUACAAAUCCUGUCAAUAGCACUGUACCAAUUGCAGCUGAGAUUUUAAAACGCCACAACGUUUAUGAUCCCAAGCGUCUGUUUGGAGUUACGACUCUUGAUGUUGUUCGAUCGAAUACGUUUAUUGCUCAGGCAAAAGAUCUUGCUGUGCGAAAGGUUUCUUGUCCCGUUAUUGGAGGGCACUCAGGUAUUACAAUUCUUCCUGUAAUAUCUCAAUGCAGUCCCCAUGUAUCAUUUCCACAGGAUGAAAGAGAAAAAAUUACCAAACGUAUUCAGGAGGCUGGUACUGAAGUUGUAGAGGCAAAGGCUGGAGCGGGUUCUGCUACUUUAUCAAUGGCUUAUGCCGGAGUAAGAUUCGCUGUCUCACUUUUAGAAGCCAUGAGUGGUCGAGCUGGCGUGGUGGAGUGUGCUUUUGUAGAAUCAGAUGUUACAGAAUGUGAAUUUUUUUCAACUCCUCUUGCACUUGGUGCUGAAGGUGUUGAAAAGAAUAUGGGUAUUGGAAAAUUAAAUGAAUAUGAAAUUGAAUUACUUAAAAAACUCAUCCCAGAGUUAAAAGCAAAUAUUAAGAAAGGCAAAGAAUUUGCAGCUAAAUAUACACCUAAAUAAACUAUGAUAGUGGUUAUAUUUCCUCCAUCAAGUAAUUUACAUAGUUAUUCUUGACAGCCUACAUCUUUUGUCUUUUCUAAUGAUCUAUUUUCGUUUCCCCGUAAUAUCUGGAACAACACAUCCUUAAAGAGAUUGUUCACUCCAUUGUUUCGAACCUAAAUCUUUCUUCGACUUUCCAUUUCAUACAUAGAAAUGUUGUUACCUGUCCUUUUUUCUCUCAUAUUCUCUUCAAUGUGAUCUUUUGUUUCUUUUCUCUCCAUUUACACUGUAAUUUUCCAACUUUAGUAGUGUUAUACUGCUUCAGUGUGGGUGUUUGCGUUCAAAACAGUACUUAGUUUAAAAUAACUAGGUUUAUUAUAGUCAAUAUACAUCUGGAAAAAUAAUAUACAUUUAAUUUCCCGGUCAUUUUAGCGUUUCUGUUAUAAUCUUCAGAUAUGCAUGCAGCUCAAUAAAUUUAUUAUAAAUGC